UGCUGGUGUUGCUUACUACCAAAAGCCCUAUCCUUGCUGACUCCAAGGGCGUUGCCGGUGUCAAGGGUACUGACUCCGAGCGUACUUUCAUCAUGAUCAAGCCCGAUGGUGUUCAGCGUGGUUUGAUUGGUAAGAUCAUCAACCGAUUUGAGGAACGUGGCUAUAAGCUUGUUGCCUUGAAGACCGUUGCUCCAUCCAAGGAGAUGGCUGAGAGACAUUAUGCCGAUCUCAAGAACAAGCCCUUCUUCCCCUCUUUGGUCGAAUACAUGAGCAAUGGCGCUGCCCCUGUUGUUGCUAUGGUCUGGGAAGGUUCUGAUGUCAUCCGUCAAGGACGUGCUAUGCUCGGUGCCACUUCUCCUCUUGAUGCUGCCAGUGGAACCCUCCGUGGUCAAUACUGUGUCUCCAUCGGUCGUAAUGCCAUCCACGGUUCCGACAGCUUCGAAUCUGCCGAAAAGGAAAUCGGAAUGUGGUUCCCUCAAGCUGGUGAACUCAUCUCAUGGACUCCUGCUAUCUGGAACUGGGUUAUGAGCAACAACUAAAUUGUCGUACUCCUACUGGCUGCAUUACCUGUGACUCCAGUAAGAUUUGCUUAGGGACCAAACGGUAAAAUGUACAUUUGUCA